AUGUUUCUGACUUUACCAUCACCACUAACACAAAUUUCCAACAUCAAAAUGUCAGACAAGAAUCAAAUGAAGAACAAAACCCAAAGGAGUAACGUUAAUGGGGUCAGCAAAAAGACACAAACUUUGGUGAAAACGGAAGACAUAGAAGAUGCAGUGUCCUUCUUCUCCAAAGAUGAAACCCACAAACUGAGAGCGGUUCUAUUGGAUUGGUACGAUCACAACCAUAGGGUUCUUCCUUGGAGAACCAUCUCCAAUCAUAGCAAUGUUAAAGAGGAAGAAGAAGAAGUGGAAAAGAGAGCUUAUGGUGUUUGGGUUUCUGAGAUUAUGUUACAGCAAACAAGGGUUCAGACUGUUAUAGCUUAUUAUAACCGUUGGAUGCUUAAGUGGCCCACCAUUCAUCAUCUAGCAAAUGCUUCUCUUGAGGAAGUGAAUGAGAUUUGGGCUGGUCUUGGUUACUAUCGGAGAGCUCGUUUUCUUUUAGAGGGCGCAAAGAAAAUAGUUGCAGAAGGAGGCAGUAUUCCUAAAACGGCUUCUUUGUUAAGAAAGAUUCCUGGAAUUGGAGACUAUACAUCUGGAGCAAUUGCCUCUAUAGCAUUCAAAGAGGCGGUACCUGUGGUUGAUGGAAAUGUGAUAAGGGUCAUUGCCAGACUAAGGGCUGUUUCUGAAAAUCCGAAAGACUCGGCAAUCAUUAAGAGAUUUUGGGAAAUAGCAGCUCAGUUGGUCGAUCCUCUUCGUCCGGGAGACUUCAAUCAGGCUCUCAUGGAACUUGGUGCAACUGUAUGCACCCCUUUGAACCCAAGCUGUUCCUCGUGUCCAGCAUCCGAAUUUUGUCAUGCACUAUCAAUCGCUAAACGUGACAGUACAGCAGCGGUUACAGAUUAUCCGAUUAAGGGUGUGAAGGUUAAACAAAGAUCCGAUUUUUCAGCUGUAUGUGUUGUUGAAUUACUUGGAGAUGAAAAACAAUCUAGCAGCAAAUUUGUUCUCGUAAAACGGCCCGAUGAAGGAUUGCUUGCCGGUCUAUGGGAGUUUCCGUCUGUCCUAGUAGCCAGAGAAACGGCUCCAUUAGCUAGAAGAAAAGCAACAGACUGCUUCUUGAAAAAAGAUCUCAAAAUUGACAUAAAGAAGACUGGUAAUAUUAUUUUGAGGGAAGAUGUCGGAGAAUUUGUUCACAUUUUUAGUCACAUUCGCCUCAAGUUGUAUGUCGAAUUGCUAGUGUUACAAUUGAAAGGGAAAGUAGAUGAUUUGAUCAAAAGCGAGGACGACGAAACUAUAACUUGGAAAUGCGUUGACAGCAAUGCCCUCUCAAGCAUGGGACUCACAACCAGUGUAAGAAAGGUGUACAACAUGGUUCAAAAAUUUAAGCAGAAAAAGCUUCUUUCUAAGGAUGCGCCGCCGCCAACCAGAAAGAGAAAUAGAACAACCAAGAAAAACUAG